UGAAGCCGAACGAAAGCAAUCCCAACGAGCCAGCCAGAAAGCAGCCCACGGCCAGCCCUUAACCACCACCGAAAGGGAAGUAUUGGGACUAAUUAAGAAACGACCGGGAGCCUAUAAAAGUGAACUAGGCCGACCGAUGACCCCCCCAAGAACGGCAAAGGCGACGGAGAGAACGAUUGAAAGGAGGGAACACUAUGUAGCCCUCCUCGGGACUGGGUUUUUUUCAUUCGGCCCAGUUCCGGAAAAAUUACUCCUUGCCGGA